CAUCAUCAAGUGACGGCUUUCGCCGAAAGAAUCAGCGGUUUACGUAGUGAAAAAUUGUACCGAUUACCGUGUUUGCCACAUCCUGUAGCGCGUGAUCGAUUGAGAACCGUUGCGAGUGGUUUCCAGCCUGUCGGAACAGCGCAAUCAGCGAACGAAAACAGCAUCUACCAACCAUCGCAUUAUUUGUUUGUUUGCCAGCUUUGGCCGUACUGAGCUGCAAACACACAUUGACUUUGCGGUCUCUAUACAACGAUUUCACGAUGACAAAGAUAAAGCGGUUCAUUAACCGGAAUCUCGUGACGAUCGUGAUGAUUCCCUCACUGUUCGGUCUGCACUGGGCGUGGAAUAAUUUGCAGCACAACACGGCGCUGGUUUCGGAAAGCGAGCGCCGGGACCUACCGAUCGCGAUAGCAGCGAAAGCCUUUUGGGAACGUGUGGACAGUAAAGCGGAUCUGGGGCAAGAUAAAUAGCCAUCAGUCCCGUCCCACCAGCAGUUGACUUCUUUCGAUGUAGUGGUUGCCUACAUUUGGUCGAACGGUUUCGACGUAAAAAUGACUACGAGGACGUCAUUGAGAGAUGUGGAAAAUAUACUGCGCUUGGCAUAGUUCUCGUUUGUUUCUGGU